GCUAUGGCAGCACGCUAGGAGCGGUUCAGUGAAGACUCCAAGCGGCGGCCGCAGCGGCGACUUGGAGCCUGAAGGAGCAGGGGAGGGAAAGGCUGCAGCUCGUCCGGCUCUUUCUCUCCCUGCCUCUCUCUGUCUCACACACGCACAAGCCACCUACUCAGCAGCAGCAACCUGGGCACUCCAAGCCAAGGGGCUCCUGCCUCUUUCUCUGGGUCUGCCCGCUCGCCACCCAGCGCUGGGCACGUACUGCAGCUCUCGAGUGGAAGAAGCAAGAAGAGGGGAGAUUUUGACGCUAGGAGUCCGAGUCGUCCCCCCCCCCCCCCCCCGCAUCUCUGCACACAGCGGGGACAGCACCCCCGCGCCGGGAGUGGCCAUGGAACCCCGCGGAUGCGCCUUCCAGGGGCCCCGGGAGCUGCUACUCGAAGUGGAUUUAUAGAGCGAAGCUUCCCUUCGCCGUCCCCGCACAGCCCGGGCCGGUGGCCGCACGGAUUGCACGCGGCGGGGACCAGGGAGCGCAAGCAGAGACCCAGGGGGAUCCUCCUGGCGGAGGCCGGGUCCCUUCUCCCCUUUAAUCGCCCCCAUCUCCAGUUCUGCUCGGUUUUUAUUUUACGCGAUCCCCAGGCGCCGUGGCCGUGGAUGGCGCACUGGAUCCAAAGCGGAGUUGGCAGUUUGAGUGGCGUCUUGCAAGGCAGCCGGGAGCCCCCGAAGAGCAGGGAGGACUGAGGCGUUUGCAUUGGUGGUGGCGUUGUUACUUCGGAGGUGGCUGGAUUCUUAUCUCGCAGGAGAAUUUCCGACAUGCCUGGGGCACAAAUGACUCAGUAACGCUGCUUGCAGUUCUCACCAAGUGCUUCGUCGCUCGUCUUGGUGUUGGUUUGUUUCUGGUCAGUCUGUCUUGUUGGGGGGGUAGCGAGCGUCCACCCGCCCCCGCUGACCAGGUACGGGGAGUCGCACGGAGGAGUUGGAGAGGUUUUGGCAAGGGACUUGGAGCCGCUGUCGACCAUGGCUGUGCGGAGGGGCGACUCCUCCCUUUGGAAGUACUGCUGGGGAGUUUUGAUGGUUUUAUGCAGAACUGCAAUGGCCAGAUCGAUAGUUUUAGACCCGAUAUAUUGGAAUUCCUCCAACCCCAAAUUCCUUCCUGGACAAGGACUGGUACUAUACCCACAAAUAGGAGACAAACUGGAUAUUAUAUGCCCAAAGGUGGACUCUAAAACUGUUGGCCAGUAUGAGUAUUAUAAGGUCUACAUGGUUGAUAAAGACCAAGCAGAUAGCUGUACUAUUAAAAAGGACAACACACCUCUACUCAACUGUGCUAAACCAGAUCAAGAUGUUAAAUUUACCAUCAAGUUUCAAGAGUUCAGCCCUAACCUCUGGGGCCUGGAAUUUCAGAAGAAAAAAGAUUAUUACAUUAUAUCAACAUCAAAUGGGUCUUUAGAGGGCCUGGAUAACCAGGAGGGAGGGGUGUGCCAGACAAAAGCCAUGAAGAUCCUCAUGAAAGUUGGACAAGAUCCCAAUUCUGCUGGAUCACCCCGUAACACUGAUCCAACUAAACGUCCCGAACAAGAAGCUGGUACCAACGGAAGAAGCUCCACAACAAGUCCCUUUGUAAAGGAUAAUUCAGGAUCCAGCACAGAUGGCAGCAAGGCUGGACAUUCCAGUAUACUUGGUUCAGAGGUGGCCUUAUUUGCAGGGAUUGCAUCAGGGUGCAUCAUUUUCAUCGUCAUCAUAAUCACUUUGGUGGUUCUUUUAUUGAAGUACCGGAGAAGACACAGGAAGCAUUCACCCCAGCACACUACAACCCUGUCACUUAGUACGUUAGCCACCCCAAAACGUAGUGGCAACAACAAUGGUUCUGAGCCCAGUGACAUUAUCAUUCCUCUAAGGACUGCAGACAGUGUUUUUUGCCCUCACUAUGAAAAGGUUAGCGGAGACUAUGGACAUCCAGUGUAUAUAGUUCAAGAGAUGCCUCCUCAGAGUCCAGCAAACAUUUAUUACAAAGUCUGACAAACUGUGGUACCUUUGAGUUAUAGAGGAAACUUACUGGUCAGAUGCUUUCUGUUGGGGUUUGUGAUGACCUCCUGUGCGCUAGUAUUGACUCAGGCACAGGGGGGAAAGGCAACACCCUUUUCUCAGAGAGCCUUCUUGAGCUGGACAGCUUAUCUAGUCUGUAGAAUUCCUGUCUCAGUGAACAAACAUUCACUAAAAGCUGGAAGACUUUCCAUAGAAGAUACCCAUUCUCCGAUUGCUGUAUUCUUGUUACAUUCAUCAUCCUCGAAGCCAUGUGCUGCAGGCAUCCAGGCAUGUACAAAAGCCAAGGGAAGAUGGAGUGAUUUGUGGACGUUUAAUAGUUCUAGGCAUUCUGGGAAGGUCCUUUAGGAUAUCAGGCUUGAAAUGCAAUCUUACGACUUUUUGUGUCUCUCUCUCAGUGCAGACUGGAUUUGUCACACAGACCUCGGCAUCUAAGUAAGACUUUUAAAUUCUCUUGCUUUUAGUCCAUCACUGUUACAUUUAUUUCUGUAGUCCAGGGUUCUGCCAUCCUUCACAUAAGAUUUCCUUUCACUCCACCUCCUGCAUCACUAAUGGAACAUUAACAUUUGGAGUGCCAUGCUCCAUCCAUCUGCUACAGCAGCCUCUCUCGAAUGGGUAAUACAUUUAUAGAAACUGUGUUUGCUAAUAAGGAGCCUUCCAGCCAAAAGUUAGGCUGUCAAUGAAGUCAAGACCAGGAUUGGACGGUGGCAGGGAAGGGCUGACUGCAAUUGCAGUUGAAUGCUGCUGCCUCUGAACUAGAAGCUGGAAAGAAACAUAAUAUAGGUAGCACAGCGCUUUGGUGUGCUAAGUUUUAAGAGGCAAGUAGGAGACACAACACGCUCAGUGGAUUAGGGCCGCAUUUGAAGGAGUUCACAGUUAUCAAAUAGCAAUGUGCAGAAAAAAAUAGUACCUUUAAUACAGUAGGACAAAGGGGUAUUGUUAGUAAAUGAAUGAACAAGCCUGGAGGACAAGACAAUAGCAGGUCCCUGAUGAUGUAUUAGGGCAGAACUGUUGUGGUACUGGCAAUAAGAUAUACAGCUUGGACGCUGUUGCAAAAUCGUAGUCUGCUUUGGAUGACUUUUUAAGCAGACUCAGCUGCUAUACUUAUCACAUUUUACUAAACACAGGGAAAGCAUUUAAGAAAAUAGCGGAGAGCCAAAUCUGACCUAGAUGAUUAUAAGCCAAAGGUUCAAAAGAGCAGUAAUUCCAUCACCAAUGGAGUUAUUAAAUACAUUCGCAUCUCUCCAAAUAGAUCAGGAUUUUGUUUCUGAUUGAGCCUUUUGACUCUUUGGUUUAUGGUAGGGCUGUCCCUGCACAGUGCAGUGUAGGUACGGUGACUGACACAGCAGUUCAUUGGUGCUCUGUUUCAAAGUUAAAGCACAUAUGGAAAACCUCUUACCAUAAGGAUAAAAUAAAUUAUGACACUGAGAGGGAGAAGGACGAUAUGACUUAUUUAUAAUAGGUGUAUAGAACACAAGGAAUAUAAAAUGAAAGAUUGUUUUUCUAAUAUAUAUUUUGAGAUUGCACAGAAUCUACACCAGAAGAUGUGAAAUUAAUUUGUGGCAAUUAAAUGAUCUUAAUUUCUCAGCAUUAAAAAAUAAAAAUUGGAUGACUGCUUGUGGGAAAAAACAACUUCAUUCCAAAAAUAACAAUAAUGAGAGCAAAUACAAAAAUAACAAAGCCCUAUUAAGGCAUCUCACAUAACAGUAGACGAGGAAACACAAGCCCAGAAAUCCAGGAAAUCAAUGUCACCGAAUCAUAUAUUUAACAAUGACAAGAUGUUCUGGCAUUUAUUUUCUGUGUUGUGUUUUCCCUUGCCUUAUGGACUGAAGUGUUCUGUAGAUUUCAGCAGGUCACAGAGAAGGGGAGUUUCAGGUUAAAGUUUGUCUGCUUUAGCAUGUUUUUU